GCAGUCCUGAGCGCCAUGGAGGCAGGCCCGGACGCGAAAGAGGGCGGCAGCCCUGCCCUCCCGGAGGACGCCCGGAGCCCCGCGCUCCCCGCGCUCCCGCGCCGCCCGCAGCCCCUGGACGAGGACGCGGGGCCCAGCGGGGACGCGGCGGCCGCGGGCGCUGAGGGAAGCGAGCCGGCCCCGGAGGAGCCCCCGGCCCGGGCCGCGGCGGCGGGCGAGGCCGGGCCGGAGCCCAAGGCGGCGGCCGGCGGGGUCGUCCCCAUCGGCUUCGUGGGCGAGCCGCCGCCCUACGCGCCGCCCGACCCCAAGGCCGUGCACCUGCUCUACCCGCCCUUCCCGCAGGUGCCGGUGCUCUUCCAGGCCGCGCCCGCGCCCGCCGCCGCCUUCCCGCCGCCGCCCGCGCCGCUCUACCCCGCCGCGCCCGCCUUCCCCUUCCCCGUGUACAGCAGCCCCGUGGCUGGCGUGGCUGGCGCCCCCGCGGUGGAGCACAGGCCCCUGCCCAAGGACUACAUGGUGGAGUCCGUGCUGGCCACCCUCUUCUGCUGCCUGCUCACCGGGCUCAUCGCCAUCGUGUACUCCCACGAGACCCGGGCAGCCCUGGGCAGGGGCGACCUGGCCCAGGCCGAGGUGGCCUCACGGAAGGCCCGCUCACUGGUGCUGUUUAGCCUGCUCUUCGGGGUCUUCGUGUCCACCAGCUGGGUCAUCUACGUGGUGGUGGCACUCUACCUCCCCUGAGGAUGCCCGGGGGUAACCAGCCUGGCCAGACCCUCGCUGUGGACUCUGAGCUCUGCCGCCGGCCAGCUGUCGCCUACAGAGCUGGCCCAGGGGCCAGGUGAGGGUGAGCCUGGCAGCCCUCAGCAGACUUGUGGCUGGACCUCAGCCCCCACUGGUGGCUCACGGAGGCCCCAGGCAGUGUCCUAACCUGAGGCGAGCCCAGACCCAGCGUGGGACAGGGCUGUUUCCCAGGCGCCUGCUCCCAAGGUCUUCCUGGGACUCCUGCCUUUGCCUUUAUUCCUCAGAGGCCGUUGGAAGGACUAAAGACUGUCUUCAGAGCCAUCUGGAAGGACUUCGCCACCUCUGGGCUCCCCUACCUCCACCCCAGGGACCUUGGGGAGACCUGGCUGCCAGUAUUUGGUGGGGAGCAGCAGCCCCUCCCCGCUCCUUCCCUGGCGGCUCCUGGCUGGUUGUCCCGGCCCCCUGCCCAGCUGGGAGAUAGGGUCUUUCUCAUGCUGACCCCACGUCCAGAGAUCCAGGCACUGUGUCAGCUCAGUCGCCAGAAAGCAACACCCUGUGCAGAGCUUCACGUUGCUGCCUCGGGGACACUGCUACUUCCUGGCUCGCUU